AAGAAAGAGAGCCAAGAAUGGGCGCAGUGCGUCGUUGAAGAUGACUCUAAAUCAAGUGCUGCGGGAAGAGUAUCGUGCACCAUUCAUCGAUCAGGUCACAUACUGGUGCCUUUCGGCCACAAUGAUAACGACUCUGGCGUCAUUACUGUUUUUUUUUUUUCAAAGCAAACAAAGCCUUUGAUGAUGAAAAUGUUCGAUUUUUUAAAGGUGAAUCCGAUGAAUACACGAAUGAUCAAUUCAAUAAAUACGUGAAUGGUGUAAUUGGUGAAUGUUUCACCUCGGUAUUACAAGAAAAUUACCACAAAUUACCGCUUGCAUUUCGACGAACUGUGGAGCAAGCAUGCCCUGAUUUUCUUCGUCCAGAAAAUUGGCCAGCUCCUGAGGGCAUGAGGAACGCAUUCAAUCAUCACAUCACUCAGUACAUAACAAACGUGAAAAAUAACAUCAGAGUAUGGGCAUUCAGUCGCAUCAAGAAAUUUUUCACGCUAAAGCGCUACGAACUGAAUUUGAAUCGACAAGGAAAUCUCAUCACUGAAUUGGAUGUAAAACGUGCGACGAAGAUCGUAAUGUUCCAGAGUAGAGUCGGGAGAAACGCGAACAUCGAUCUUCUAUUAAACGAAGCAGCAGGCAUUGGAUUGCCAAUCAAUGUACACUUCCAGAAUCUCAUUCGUGAUCGCUGGUUCUAAACCAUCCCAAUAUUUAUAAACAUUCAGCGACAAAUUUUCGAUUUUCACGCGAAAUAUAAAAUGUUGAAACAACGCUGGUUCCAAUAUCGACGCGAAAAUAUCGAAUAUAGCAUUGAAAUUAGCAAAAGGAAAACGCAGUCAGCCAAUAAACAUUGAAAAAACUGAAUACGAUAGCAAUCCAGCUAUCUAUUGGGAUUUAAUAUUUGACAUGCCAAAAAUUUCGAAACUUGGAAAUGGUAAGGAAUUCGAUUUUGCUGUGGCAACCGAUAGUGUGGAAGUUUCGUUAUGUUUCGUGAAGCCUGAACGCAAUACACCAGAACUUGAUAACAACACCAUCAAAGAGAAGUACAAUAAUUUUGAGUUUGAUUAUGUGCUUGGAAUCGAUCCAGGAGUUCGUACAUGGAACGCCACCGUUCGCAAACACGUUUGAUCCGGCAACGAGGAAAACAUCACAAUUGAUGGCCCAAAAUACCAUUUCAAAGCGAAAUAUGGCAAACGCAAGCGUAAAUCCGAUCAAUGGACUGAAUUGUUGCAAAAACAACGGGAGCUCGACUAUAAACGCUAUGCAUUUUUUCCAUCGCCGAAAGGACGUUCACAUUGGAUGUGUUACAUCGCUUAUUAUGUGAAAAUGAUGAAACCAGCUAUGGCGGUGUACACAACAAGAAAGUUUAUUCGACUCCGUCUCGAUAAAUACAUCGAAGAGAAUCGGGCCAGUGACAAAAUCGCGGCAUCACUGACGAAAAAAAAGUCGACGCUCGUUUUUAUUGGUGCAGCUCAAAUAGCUCCAAACUCACCAAUUGGUAUUAAAAAGCGAUUGCGAUGCCCGGGAUUACGACGACUAUUGAACAGUUUCAAGAAGUUGGGAAAUUGUAUUGUACGAUUGGUCGACGAAUACAAUACAUCGCAAACUUGUGCAAAAUGUUUCCGGCCAUUCGAUCGACGAACCAAAAGCGAUCGAUACAAAGUUUGUCAGCAUUUUAUUCCAAGUGAAGAUAUGAGUCAUCGCAAUGGAAUUUACCGAACGUGAUUAUCACCAUGAAAAGCAACCGAGUAUACCAACAAUUGCGUAAAUAUGCAGUUGAUUUUGUUAAUCGAUUGAAUGCAGCCAACCCAGAUCAUAUUCCAAUGGAUUCAGAUGGUUUAGUGUCAAAACUUCAAGUAUGUUUCAAAAACUGGCAACUAAACACUGGCGUUUUGAAAGAUGAUCGAGCUCCAUUUCAAUUGAAAACUGUUUGGCACCGGGAUAUCGUUGCAGCCAAGAACAUCAUGUACAAAGGUCCUUGUACGGUGUUAAGAUUGGACAUUCAUCCGCAACUAUUGAGACCACAGAAUCAAAAUGCUGCCGUACAAAAUCAAGCAGCUGACGAUGGGGAUUCCAGUGACGAUGAGGACUACGUUUAUGUUCUCGAUGUUUCCGAUGACGACCAGUUUUAAUUACAUGUAGCAUUAAGAUUUCUUUUUAAAUAAUAUUAUUGUAACGUUUUGUUACUAUGCUGGGCUUGAGUUUUGUGGCCUUGACCGAAGUACGGGCAGUUCGGUAUAUAAAAUAACCCGUAGGUGAGUAUCAUUUAUUGAACUGAACCGAUAGUAUAUUGAUGUUGAUUCAUACUUAGUAACUGAGUUUAUUUUUUCUCUUUUUUCUUUCCAUUGCGACGUUGAAAAUGACUGAAACUACACUCAAA